AUGGAUUGGGGAGAUGAAUAUUCCCUUCAUUCUUUUGACCUACAUUGUCUGUUAAAUUCGUUUCCUGGAGACUUGGAGUUUAAGCAGAUCUUCAGUGACAUUGAUGACAAACUCGAACAAAAUGCCACAAGCCUAGAACGUUGCAUUAAAGAAAUACAAUCAGAAGUUAACAAACAGUGUCCAGAUGUGCGGCUUCAAACAACAGCUGACUGCUUUGAGUGGUUUAAUAACUAUUGUUAUAAUUCAUCUAAGUCACCUUCCAUUCCCCAUGGAGAUUUGAUAAAAUUCCUCAAAAUGAUGCAGGAUUUGCUGAAGAAUGAACAAAAUCAAGAAGAAAUGAUAUUGGAUUUACUUUGGGAUCUCUCCUGUCAGAGUAGCAUUUCAUUCCCAUCUACUCUAAGUGGAGCAUCUUUCCAUUUCCUCUCUCGGACUUCUCUUCAUUCUGUUGAGGAUCAUUCCUCUAUGGAUGUAAAAUCUACAUGGGAUGACGUAAGAUUGCAUCUUCGACGCUUUUUAGUGAACAGAUUACAAAGCCAUAAUGAAAUAAACAAUUCACAGCAGAAAAUUUUAUUGAAAAGUCAGUGCAUACAACAAUUCUUGUUCCUUUAUCCAGAAUCAGAGGUAAUAGUCAAGUACCAGAACAUACAGAAUAAACUUUUGACUAAACUGCUGCAAAACUGUUUUCCUUCUUACAGCAAAGAAUCAAAUUUAGACAUGAUGGUUCAUGGAUAUCAAAGUGCAAUGCUUAAGUUGUAUUCAAUGAUAAAAGAGGAUUUUAACAUACUUCAUGAAAUCUUAGCUCCGUCCUCAACAGUGAAAUUCAUUAAAGAAACCUACCUGAAUACCAUUACAGAAGAAAUGGCAAAAUUUCUUGAAAAAUUUUGUGAACUGCAGUUCAAAGGAAAUGCUGUUCGUGUGGUUAAAACAAGCAAGAGCUCCAGCAAGCAUAGAGGAGCAGUGCAUGCUUUGGUUACUUCAGAGUGCCCACAGAAAGGAAGAAACUUCUCUCUCUCCUUAUAUGAACUAAACUUCUUAUCACAGCUUAUAAAUUCCCUUUUGAAGAUGGAAAAAAAUGUUCAAGAAUUGUUUGAAGAAAUGUUUUUAGCACUCAAGAUGCCCAGGAAUACUUCAGGCAUUUUGGAGACAUCCAGUAAAGGAGUUGUAAUAGGGAAACCUAGAGCAAGUGAAGCCAGUGUUCCUUCAGAGCAAUUGCUACCUGUAAAAGAGGCUAUUUUACUAGAUUUUGGCUGGAGAAGUGUAUUUAAAGAAGUAUCUCCCCCCAUGGCACAUUGCUUAAUAACUGCCAUUGAAGAUUUUGCCACAGAAAUUCUCCAGAAGGAACAGAAUGAAAGGUCUUCAGGUAUAAGCUAUACGCUGAAUCUUGUAAGGGUCCAACAAGUUUGGCAAGGCAGCCAUGUGACUCCUGAGGAAGACCAACCAAAGAAAAUUGCAAAAUUUUGUUCUGACAUCAUGGAAAAACUUGACACAAUGCUUCCACUGGCUCUGGCAUGCAGAGAUGAUUCUUUUCAGGAAAUUAGAGAGAACUUUGUGGAAGCCUGUUGUAAAGUGGCAACAGCUGUCCUGGUGAGACUGAAGGAGAGAAGCAAGGAGGUUCCUUCCAAAGCACCCCUGAGAAACUUGCACACAGUGCUCUCCACAGCAGUCUAUGCUUUCCAGCAUUUUAUGCACUAUGAUAAUUUGAUGAAAGAAAUGACUAAAAAGCCCAUGUUCUUGGUGCCUGUCCAACGAUAUCAGGAAUUCAUCAACACUCUAAAGUUUCAAGUUACGGACUACUGCGUCAGAGUUUGUGCUACAAGCAUUUUACAGGAUGCUGAGAGCCACCACUGGGAUGACUACAAAGCUUUUUAUGAGGGGGAACGAUGCUCCUUCUCGCUCCAGAUGUGGCAUUAUUUCUGCUGGGCUCUUCAUCACGAUCUCUGGACCAUUCUGCCUCCUAAAUUAGCCCAGGAAAUUCUAGCAGAAGUACUAGAGAAAUCCCUGGGUCUACUGGCCUCCAGAUAUGCUCAGGCCCAUCCCAGUUAUAAAAGAACUCCACAAAUAAGACUUGAUGUCACAACAAUUUUAAUAUGCACUGAGAACAUGUUGUGGUCAGUCUGUACAUCUGUACAGAAACUUUUGAAUCCUCAUGAAUAUAUAGAUGAUAAAAUUUUUAAAGUUCACACCCAUUGUAAUAAUCUGUUUACAACGUUAGUCAUUUUGACUGCACCAUUAACAGAAUUAUAUAAGACAUUUCAGCAUGGCAUAGAUGAUACUGCUUCAGACUCCUUAAAAUCAGUUUUCAACCAGCCGUUAUAUUGGUUUUCUGGCAUAGCACAUUUCUACCCUUCUUUUCUCAGGAAUUCAUCAGCUGGAGGACUGACAGCUGAGGGUCAAUUGAAAUUGCUCUUAUCUCAGCCAUGUUGUAAUUGGAACCUACUUCUGGAAACCCUACUGCAUCAUGAUGGUCUCUUACUGAGAAUCUUGCUGAAGAGCUCAAAACAACGUUCUGAUACAGAAAAGAAUCUGAACCAAGGAUCCAGCUUGAUAGAAGCCAUCUUUAAAGUACUAUACCAUUGCAAUUUUUCUCCACAAAUAUUUGGAAAUGUUUUUGUGAGCUACAUGGAAGAAGAACAACUAUGGGACUUUUUAUAUAACAUUCCAGCCUUCUCAUGCAUGGAGUCCGAGCUAGAGGUCAUGCGGUGCUUGAGACUGGCACUGACAGAUGCCAUCAAAGACACUGUGCAGCAGAUAAUAUCUGUGAUGAGCUCUGGGAGAAACCAUGAGAUGAACCUAAACAAGCAUAGUGUUCCUGAAUGUUUGCUUAAGAGCAUCCCAGAUGAAUGGAAUUAUAUUCCAGAAGAAACCAAAAGGAAAGAAUCAAGCAAAGGCUUCACGAGGCUUGCUGCUCAGACAGUAUCUAUUGUAAUCAGCAAGUUACCUACGGUGAUUGCAUGUUUGCCUCCCCCAAUUAAAUACUUCUUUUUUCUGACUGAGAGAAAAAUGUCAAAAAACUUUGUUGAAUUGAAGAAAGCUGGCCUGCUUGUCUGGAACUUGAUUGUAAUUAUAUGUCGGAUAUUUGAGGAUGGAAACACUGUGGAACUUUUAACAGGUGCCUCCCUUGACAGAUGGAGUAAAGAGAAACUUGGUUUAAUCUCGGUGUGUUUGGAAAGCAUCAUGAGGGAGCAGACAAGUAGCCCUAAUCAAAUGACCCAAAAGGUUAUACAGAGCAUUGAACAACAAAGACCCAAUUGGAUUGAACGCCAAUUGUUGAAAGCAAGAAAAUUGAGCACUGAAUGUGCAUUUAUGGCAAUGGAGAAAAGCACUGCUUUAGAAGAAGGAGAUAUUGCUCUUGAACUGACUGAGCAGAAAAUAAACACUAUGGUCCUGGAUAUCUGCCACAAACCAGGUGGCAGCGAGUACCUGAGGCAAAUUUAUCACAUCAUGCAGCUCAAUGAGGAAUAUUUAAAAGAACAACUGUUUUCAAUGAAUGGUUCAGAGGAGAAGCUAUUACCCAUCCAGCCUUUAAAGACAACCUUGGAGAGUGUGAGAGAUCAGCCUUCUGCCUUUAACCCUUUCCAUGUGUAUAAGGUGUUUAGUGAAAACAUGCUAGAUCAGGUAUCUAUCACAAAAUGGAACUGGAAUUGGUCAAACUUGCUGCCAAAUUAUCUGAGACUGGGUAAAAUGACCUUCAGUGCACUGCUCAAAAACAGGUGGGAAAUGAGGAAGGAUGAAACACUAGAAGAGGAAGAAAAAGCAAUGCUGGAACAUUUAAAACGAAUUUGCACCAUACAGAACUCUUCUGCCUCAGAUAACACAGAGGAACAGUAA